AUGAAUGGACAUGACAUGGUUUCAGGAUUGGUGAUUGAUAGGAGAGCCAUCACCUUGGCUAUCAUUUUAUUCCUUUUGUGCCUGGUGGCAGAGAUGGGCAAUGGCUUCAUCACUGUGGCACUGGGCAUGGAGUGGUUACUAUGGAGAACAUUGUCACCUUGUGAGUUAUUGGUCAGCCUGGGAGUCUCUUGCUUCUAUGUGCAGUGGGUGGUGAUGAGUAAGAACAUUUACGCUAGAAUUGUGUGUCCACUGGCCCUUCCAUACAACCCUGUACUAUAGUUUCUAGCCUUAUAGUGGGACUUCUUGAACACUACCACCUUUUGGUUCUCUACCUGGCUCAGUGUCCUCUAUUGCAGGAAAAUUUCAACCUUCACUCACCCUGUCUUCCUCUGGCUAAAACAGAGGUGUCUGGGUUGGUUCCUGAUGCUGCUCAGCUCCAUGGGGUUCUCUAGCUUGAGCACCAUCCUAUUUUUCACAGGCAACCAGAGCCUAUAUCAGAACUUUUUAAGGAGAGGUCUGCAAUAUUGGAAUAUCAUCAAGAAUCCUAUAAGGAGAUCACAUGAGAAAUUCUACUUCUUUUGUUUAAAAUUCGUUACUUAGGCAGUUCCUGCUGUUGUCUCCCUCACUGGUAGGAUUUUACUCAUCAUGUCUCUCAGAAGACACACCAAUAAGCCCUUUCUGUCUGUCUCGGGCUUUUGCCAUCCUAGUGCCCAGGCACACAUCAGGACUUUCCUGGCUCUCAUCUCCUUUGCUAUCUUCUUCAAUUCCUAUUUUCUGUCACUGGUGCUCAGUGCUGCAGUAAUUUUUCCAUCUUAGGAAUUUAGGUACUGGGUGUGGCAGACAGUGAUUUAUCGGUGCACAGUAGUCCACCCCAUCAGUCUACUCUUGAGCAACACCAGGCUGAGAGUGGUGCCGGAGAGGAGCUGCUCCUCAAGGCAUGGGGCAUCUUGA